CUUCCCUUCCGUCUUCUCCAUCUGCUACAUCUACAGCACGCGACAUUCCUCUCCUCUUCGUUCCAUUUUACGAUUUCCACAGGUGUGAACAUGAAUGCCGACUCCAUUUUUGUCUCAUUUCCUCAAUUAUUAGUCUAUCUUUAAGUAAAGACCGAGAUCAAAGGGGUCUCUCUCUCUCUCUCUCUACUCAUUCUUCACGGCCCGCCAUGUCGGCUGCAGAAUUUCCCCGGCGAAUCACUAGCCGGGUUUCUUUACCAAUUCUGUUUCUUUUCUUCUUCUUCUCUCUUUUCUCUGUUACCCAAUCAGACGAUCUUGGUAUCCUGAUGGAAUUCAAGGAUGCGUUUAAGAAAUCCAACACCCAUGUUUUCGAUUCAUGGACGCCAAAUAAUCAUCAUUGCAAUUUCACCGGAGUUUCCUGCAACUCGGGGGGUUCGGUAAUAAGCAUUGAACUGGGUAACAGCAAUCUGCUCGGCGUUCUUCCUGCUGAUUCUCUCUGCCAGCUUCAAUCCCUGCAGAAACUGAAUCUCGGAUCGAACUUCCUUUACGGAAACAUUGCAGACGGUGUAAGGAAUUGCAGUAACUUGCGGUACUUAGAUCUAGAGUCUAAUUCCUUCUCAGGAGGAGUCCCUGAUUUAUCCAAUCUCAACCAGUUAGAGCUCCUGGUUUUGAAUAACAGUGGGUUCACCGGUCCUUUUCCAUGGAGUUCACUGGCCAACAUGACAAAUCUCGUCGUUUUGAGUCUUGGAGACAAUAUCUUCGACAGAGCUCCAUUCCCCAUGGAGGUUUUGAAGCUGGAGAAGUUGUACUGGCUCUACCUCACAAAUUGCAGCAUCGAAGGAAAGAUUCCCAACGGUAUCGGAAACCUCACACAGCUCAUCGAUCUAGAACUCUCUUUCAAUUAUCUAUCCGGUGAGAUUCCGGCUGAGAUCGUGAAACUUACGAAGCUGAGGCAACUGGAGCUAUGGAAAAACGAACUGACCGGAAAAUUCCCACCUGGAUUCGGAAAUCUCACCAAUCUCAAUUUCUUGGACGCCUCAGUUAAUCAACUUGAAGGUGACCUCUCAGAACUGAGAUCCUUGACGCAACUCGUCUCUAUACAGCUCUACUACAAUCAAUUCUCAGGUGGGGUACCCGAGGAAUUCGGCGAUUUCAAGCAUCUGGUGAACCUCUCUCUCUACAGCAAUCAACUCACAGGCGUUCUCCCUCAGAAACUUGGGUCUUCGGUAGACUUCGAUUACAUCGAUGUCUCAGAGAACUAUUUGACAGGUCCGAUUCCGCCGGAGAUGUGUAAGAACGGCAAGAUGAAGAAAUUGCUCAUGUUGCAGAACAAGUUCACUGGAGAAAUUCCCGCGAACUAUGCGAAUUGUACCUCAUUGGUUCGUUUCCGAGUGAACAACAACUCUCUUUCCGGCAUCGUCCCCGCCGGAUUGUGGGGUUUGCCGAAUAUCUACAACAUAGAUCUCACCAUGAACCAAUUCGAAGGUACUGUGACUUCCGACAUUGCAAACGCCAAAUCCCUUGCUCAGUUAUCCCUCGGAAGCAAUAGAUUUUCCGGGAAUUUACCCUCGGAAAUCACAGAAGCAUCGUCUCUGGGUUCGAUCGACUUGAGCUCUAAUCAAUUUUCCGGCGAGAUACCCUCGAGUAUCGGAGCGCUACGGAAUCUCAAUCGUCUGUAUUUACAGAACAACCAAUUCUCUGGAUCGAUCCCUGUCUCGUUAGGCUCAUGCGAGCCUCUGAACGAGAUAAACUUAGCAGGAAAUUCACUCUCGGGUUCAAUUCCUCCGUCUCUGGGAUCAUUACCGGCUCUCAAUUCGUUGAACCUAUCGGACAACAAGCUAUCGGGACUAAUCCCUUCGAGUUUAUCGUCGGCGAAGCUAAGCCUUUUCGAUUUGUCCAACAACGAUUUAAGCGGUCCGAUUCCGCAGUCACUCUCUAUAGAAGCUUAUAACGGUAGCUUCGCCGGAAACCCCGGCCUCUGUAGCUCGGUUAUCAACAACUUCCGGCAUUGUUCGUCGGAUUCCGGCAAAGUGGCGAUCGGAACGAUCAUAUCUUGCUUGGUAGUGGGAGUAGCCGUAUUGAUUGUCUCAGUUGGUUGUUUUAUUUUCCUAAAGAAGCAGCAGAAAGAGGAUCAAGACCGUACAUUGUCGAUGGAUUCUUGGGAUGUGAAAUCAUUCCAUCUGGUGAGCUUCAACGAACACGAUAUACUGGAUUCCAUCAAACAGGAGAAUCUGAUCGGGAAAGGUGGGUCCGGUAAUGUAUACAGAGUGGUUUUGGAUGACGGCAGAAAACUGGCAGUGAAACACAUAUGGAAUAACACGGAAUCAGGCGAUCGGAGAAGCAGCAGGAGUAGCACGGCGAUGCUGAUGCGGAGGAGUGGAUACGAAAAGGAGUUUGAGGCUGAGGUGGCGACGCUGAGCUCUAUACGGCAUGUGAACGUGGUGAAGCUGUAUUGCAGCAUCACCAGUGAAGAUUCCAGUCUGUUGGUGUACGAGUAUCUGCCGAACGGGAGCUUGUGGGACCGUCUGCACACGUGUCGGAAAGCGGAACUGGACUGGGAGGCACGAUACGAGAUCGCGGUGGGGGCGGCCAAGGGAUUGGAGUACCUGCACCACGGGUGCGAGAGGCCGGUGAUACACCGUGACGUGAAGUCUAGUAACAUAUUACUGGACGAGUUCUUGAAGCCCAGAAUCGCCGAUUUCGGACUCGCUAAGAUCGUUCAGGCGAGUGGCGCCGCCAAGGACUCGUCUUCCACCCCUGUCAUCGCCGGCACUCAUGGUUACAUCGCUCCUGAGUACGCGUACACGUGCAAAGUGAACGAGAAGAGUGAUGUAUACAGCUUUGGGGUGGUUUUAAUGGAGUUGGUGACGGGGAAGAGGCCGCUAGAGCCGGAAUUUGGAGAGAACAAGGACAUAGUAUAUUGGGUAAGUGGAAGGGUGGGUAGCAGAGACAGCUUGAUGGAGAUGGUGGACCCAAGCAUAUCUGAGGAGUACAAGGAAGAUGCUGUGAAGGUGUUGAGGAUUGGGACGCUGUGCACGGCAAGGCUGCCGGCGUUGAGGCCGUCCAUGAGAACGGUGGUUCAGAUGUUGGAGGAUGCUGAGCCUUGCAAGCUCAUCAGCAUUGCCGUCACAAAAGAAAAUGACCAGUAUUGCUCUUCUACUACUAAUACCACAACAACUACCCUUUUCAGUAAAAAUAAUAGUAGUAAGAAAGAGAGGGUAAUAGUGGAUUUGGAUGUGGAAGAUGAGGAGAAGCUAGGAUGUCGGAGCCCCUGAAGUAAAUAAUCAAAUAAAUCGGAAAGGAAAGUAUGGCUUUGCUUUUUGGGUGUAAAGUGUAAACACGUACAUGUAGAUGGCGAUCAUUAUUGUACUAGCUCAUAUGUAAUAGAAUUAAACCACCUUAAGUUGUAAUAAGAGUUGCAUUGAACAAGUGUAAUGUGUAUUUGUCCA